GGUUCCGACCCUCCCACUGCCUGCUGCUUCUCCUACAUCCUGCGGAAACUUCCUCGGGACUUUGUGAUGGAUUACUACGAGACCAGCAGCCUUUGCUCCCAGCCCGCUGUGGUGUGA